CGCACAUUUUUAUUGCACCAUGACCGCGCAGCGCGGACACAGACAGACUGAAAUCUCACGGAUGGGCAAGAUUGUGGAGCAUCAAUACGGAGCAUUGAACCUGGAUCGAAAAAAAGGGUAAAACCACAUUUGGAUGCAACGGGAGAAAAGGUGGUAAACGUUACUGAGAAGCACACGGUAAAAAGGAAAGGAAGAAUCAAUUUCGGAAAAUAUUGAAAAGACAAGGUUGUUUUUUUUUUUAUCAACUGUAAGUGGCUUUUUAUUCAGCAGGCAAAUGUGUAAUCUGAUAGUUCUUCAAAGCAGUACCAGCUAAGUGCCCUGCUCAGUGGACUGAAAAGAGCCAUCUGUGAAUGAAGGCCCGGCUUCAACCAAGGGAGUCCCCUGCUUCGUCCAGAGGGAGAUUUUUACUGACUUAUCUUCAUCUCUACCAAACCCAUGUUAACAGCAUAUCAAAGAGGAUUCAACAACUGAGAGGCAAGAACAUCAAGGCUGAGUUUGGUGUUUAUGGUGGUGUCCCUCACUAGCGGUCUUUCUCACGGACAAUGUGGCUUACAUCUAGGAGACGUCGUCCAUUUUCAUUGUUACGAGAAUGGCACUGUCUGAUGACUGGAUCAUACUGUAAUGUUAUCCUGUGGAUAUUGAGUUUCUGUUUGUCCGUCAUGGUGGUCGAUGGCCAAAGUUACUACCCAACUGUAAACACUCACUUUGGUAAGCUCAGAGGAGUGAGGGUUCCAUUACCAAGUGAGAUUCUGGGACCGGUCGAUCAGUACCUCGGAGUUCCCUAUGCCGCACCUCCUGUCGGAGAAAAACGCUUUAUGCCCCCUGAACCUCCAUCUUCCUGGUCUGGAAUAAGGAACGCCACCCAUUUUGCACCUGUUUGCCCACAGAAUAUUCAUAACGCUGUGCCAGAAAUUAUGAUGCCCAUUUGGUUCACCUUCAACUUGGAUAUGGUUGCAACUUACAUACAGGAUCAAAACGAGGACUGUUUAUAUUUAAACAUCUAUGUGCCAACUGAGGAUGUAAAACGAAUAUCCAAGGAAUGUGCCAGAAAACCCAACAAGAAAAUAUGUAGAAAAGGAGGAGCCCACGUUAAGAAACAAGGCGAGGAUUUAUCUGAUAACGAUGGUGAUGAAGACGAAGACAUCCGAGAUACUGGUGCCAAACCUGUGAUGGUCUACAUCCACGGAGGGUCCUACAUGGAGGGCACUGGAAACAUGAUUGAUGGGAGUGUUCUGGCAAGCUAUGGUAACGUCAUUGUCAUCACGCUUAACUACAGGGUUGGAGUUCUGGGAUUCCUAAGUACUGGAGAUCAGGCUGCGAAGGGGAAUUAUGGACUGUUGGACCAGAUCCAAGCUUUGAGAUGGAUCAGUGAGAAUAUUGGCUUCUUUGGAGGGGACCCUCAUAGAAUCACAGUGUUUGGAUCUGGGAUAGGAGCAUCAUGUGUAAGCCUUCUCACCCUGUCCCACCAUUCGGAAGGACUGUUCCAGAGAGCCAUCAUUCAAAGUGGAUCAGCCCUCUCCAGUUGGGCGGUGAACUAUCAGCCAGUGAAAUACUCACGACUGCUGGCUGAAAAGGUGGGCUGCAAUGUCCUCGAUACACUGGACAUGGUGGACUGCCUGAGAAAGAAGACUUACAGAGAGCUGGUGGAGCAAGACAUCCAGCCGGCUCGGUACCACGUAGCGUUUGGGCCGGUCAUCGAUGGUGAUGUAAUACCUGACGACCCCGAGAUUCUGAUGGAGCAGGGUGAAUUCCUGAACUAUGACAUCAUGCUGGGCGUUAACCAAGGAGAAGGGCUCCGGUUUGUGGAGAAUGUGGUUGACUCAGAAGAUGGAGUCUCUGGAAAUGACUUUGACUUCUCGGUGUCAGACUUCGUGGACAGCCUAUACGGCUACCCUGAAGGGAAGGACACACUGAGGGAGACCAUUAAGUUUAUGUACACAGAUUGGGCUGAUCGAGAGAAUCCUGAAACCAGAAGGAAAACUCUGGUAGCCCUUUUCACAGACCAUCAGUGGGUGGAGCCAGCAGUGGUGACAGCAGAUCUGCAUGCGCGCUAUGGAUCUCCAACAUAUUUCUACGCGUUUUACCAUCAUUGUCAGAGUGUAAUGAAGCCUGCUUGGUCGGAUGCUGCCCAUGGGGAUGAAGUGCCCUAUGUAUUUGGUAUCCCCAUGAUUGGACCUACAGACCUAUUCCCCUGCAACUUCUCCAAAAACGAUGUGAUGCUGAGUGCCGUUGUAAUGACCUACUGGACAAACUUUGCCAAAACUGGGGACCCCAAUAAACCUGUACCCCAGGACACCAAAUUCAUCCACACCAAGGCCAAUCGUUUUGAAGAAGUGGCUUGGUCCAAAUACAACCCCCGGGACCAGCUCUACCUUCACAUCGGACUGAAACCGAGGGUCCGAGACCACUACCGGGCAACCAAAGUGGCGUUCUGGAAACACCUGGUCCCUCAUCUCUACAACCUUCACGACAUGUUUCAGUACACCUCAACCACAACCAAGGUGCCCCCGCCUCAUACCACAUCAAACUCCAUCACAAAAAGACCCAACGGAAAAGCCUUUAACACCAAGCGGCCACCCAUAUCCACCGCCUACACCAAUGAGAACUCCAAUGAGAAUUGGAAUACGGACGAGGAGAGCGGGACUCUACUUAUUGAGAACCCCCGAGACUAUUCGACGGAGCUGAGCGUCACCAUCGCGGUGGGAGCCUCUCUCUUGUUCCUUAACGUGCUCGCCUUUGCCGCGUUGUACUACCGGAAAGACAAACGCAGACAGGACUCUAACCGGCAACCCAGUCCGCAGCGUAACACUAUUAACGACAUUGCGCACGCCCCCGAAGAGGAGAUAAUGUCCCUGCAGGUGAACCAGAGUCACCACGAAUGUGAGGCCCACGACCCUCUGCGGCUCACUUCUCUCCCAGACUACACGCUCACCAUGAGGCGCUCCCCUGACGACAUCCCUCUCAUGACCCCCAACACCAUCACCAUGAUCCCCAAUUCGCUGGUCGGGAUGCAGAACCUACACCCCUACAACACUUUUACAGCUGGCUUCAACAGUACAGGCUUGCCUCAUUCACAUUCCACCACCAGAGUAUAGCUUUACAAUAAAGAAAAUCUAACUGUUUUGGGGUGGUGACAAGAGAAAUCCUUUUUUUUUUUUUUUUUUUUUUUUUUGAAAGUAUUAAAAAAAUUCAAAAAAUAAAAAGACUCAAUAAAGAGAACACAUGGUUUAUUAAAACUGGAGCUGUUUCUGCUGCAGUGUGAUGAAGACUGCCAAAAUAGUAUAUAUCUUCUCCCGAGGCGACUGGGAGACUGUGGACAAAAACAUUUUCUUAUCAAGCCUUUUCAGAAGACAAGAAAAUAAGACAUUAACAAUUUGUUUAAAUAAAAAGUGCUUUUUAUUUCCCAUUUCUGUCUCUCUUGGGAAAUGAAUAAAAAAAAACUAAAAAAAAAAACUAAAAAAAACAAUGGCCUCUGAGACAUGUCAGAUUUUUUUUUUUUUUACAAUGCCUUAGAUAUGUUCCAUGUGGGAUUUUUUUAUUCCAACCUGCAAGCUUUUUGUGGAAAGAAGGUGCGACGCAGGAUGAAAAAAUGUGAAAAAAGGUUAAACAACCAUUUUAUCUGUUGCAUACAGCAUCUUUUUAAAACAAACAAAAGUUUUUUUCUGACUUAAAAUUGAAAUAGACUCUGCCAAUGAAUAAGAUAAUGCAGAGACAAAUGUACAACUUUACUGUGAUUGUUUUGUUAAUAAGAAAGUGCAUCUUUUGCUACAAAGUAUCUAUCGCUCUAUCUAGCUCUAUCUAUAUACAUGCAUACAUACACACACACACCUGUGUGUGCGUGUCUGUGUGUGUAUCAGUCCUUGCGUUUGUAGAACAUUUGUGUGUAAAAAGGCCUAUUAACAACAAUGUUCAUUUUAUUCACCACAUAUAGUAUAUCAGCUAUGUCAAUGGUUGUCUGUCUUUGCGGAAUAGCACUUGUGUUCUUUAAAAAUUAUUUACAUCUAAUUUCUCUUUUACAAAAAAAUCUGUUAUUUUAAAUGUAAGGAAAUCUAGCUGAUGAAUGACAAACUAACGGACGCAAUUUCAUCAAACUUUGUAAAAAGAAAGCGCUGAAAAAAUGACCAUAACUAAAACCAGCGCAUAUA